AUGUCCACUGCCACUGCCCCAGUCAACAUGCCUUUAUAUAUCGCCAUCCACUCAAACCCCGGCAUAAAACACUGGAGCCUCUUCAUCGACGCCCCAAACCCCUCCGACAAAACCACAGCACACGUCCUCGGCGCCCGCCAGCGUUAUUUCCCCCAGAUCAGCACGCGGUCGGACGCGCGGACUUCUCCUUCUCUAGUUGAGCUCUGUCCGGUGUGUGAAAUUAGCGUCGAAUUGGUUGAGGCUGUUAAGAGGAUUGCGUGGGAUACGCGCAUUCGCAAUGAGGAGCGGGACUAUAGCUGUCAGGAUUAUGUUCUUGAUGUGUUGGGGAGGUUGGAGGGGGAGGGGAUUGUUGAUGCCCGGGAUGGAGGGUAUUUGAGAAAUAAGGAUGUGAUAAUGGGGAAGAGGGAGUCUUGGAUUAACACCUAG